AUGCUUCUCUGCCGUUGUAGCGGUCUCUAUUUUCUAGUGUUUACUAAAACGCUUGGUUCCUGCAGCCUGCGACGAUGCAUGCGCCCCAGACAUACACAGGAAGCGACAUUAUGCACUGUUAUAUUUUGCGACCACAUGCCAGAGCUCUUGCAAGCCGCAGGAUAAAACUAAGCUGAUGCUGCUGUUAGAUGACGUGCAAAUCGCCAGCCAAAGGACGCGAUCCUUGCAAUGCAACAAUAUGCGAGGGAAAUGCAUAUAUGACAGUUUAAUCAUCAUCAUCAGAUGCACUUAUGGGAAAAAUACACAGUCUGUUUGAAACAUUACUUCCUUAAUGGGAUCAUGUGGCUGUAGGUGCUGUAACUGGGGCAAAGGAUAGGCAUGAAGAAUAAAAGGAGGAGGAAGGAUGCCAGCUGAGCCUCUCAUCCUUCUACAUUUGCCACCACUGCCAGUGUCUACACUAAAAAAAACUAGAAAUGGCUCAGUCUAUGAGGAGACCGGAGAUUUUAGGAGCCAUGGACCGUGAGCCCAAGAGGGACAAGACCAGAACCGGCUACUUUGGCAACGUCAAGAACAGGCUGGGUUCUAAGCUUCCUCCCGGCAUCUCGCAGCCUCCACAGUUUGCCAAGCCACCCUGGGAGACUCAGCCUCAGUCUCGGGGAAUGCAGGAGUCUGCCGCCAGAAGCCAGCAUCAGCACCACCCCGUCCUGGGCCGGCCCCUCAACCACAUCCCCCACAUCAGAAACCCCAAACUGCGGCAGUACUACCUGCAGGGGACUUCAUGGGACAAUGCUGGACUGUCAGGUGACGCCACAGGCAGCACAGGUCUCCCUGGGGACACGGUGUUCAGUGUCUCAUCUCAGUUUAAUGGUACCAGUGCAGCAUCAGCAGAAAGGAGCCACCACGCCUCUUCAAAUGUACCCUCCCCAUCUACGUUUCUCACCCCCAGAGAGGGGAAAAACGCGUCCAGCGGUCGUGGGUCGUCUCGGACGGAGCUGAAUUCAGAGUCUGAUCCUAAAGAGAAGACGCAAGCGGAGGCUGAUCAGGACUCUUUGGAUACGCUCUCUGUUCCACCGCACUCCCCCUCACCGGAGGCCGAGUACGACAAGCUGCUGGACGUGGAGGCGGUCCCUCUGCCUGAUGGACAGCUCUGCUUGCUGGCUCUGCCUCCUGAGUGCUGUGAGGGGGAGGGAGCGGAGGCCAUGCGCUGCCUCAAACUCUUCUGUCGCUUCAUCACUGACAGAAAGGGCGUGGUGUCCGGCAUCCUGCUGGUGACGCCUAAUAAGAUCUUCUUUGACCCAAGUAAGACGCACGUCCUUGUGAAGGAGCACGGCUGUGAGGAGUAUCUCCUGUCCUAUUCUAUCGACAACCUGGCAUCUGUCGCCUUCUUCUCUGACAUCUCACACGUUCACUUCAGCGCCUCCCAGCAGAGGAGAAAGGGGAAGAAGAUGCUGCAGAAAAUGUUCAAGAAGCGAGCCGGCAAACUGCCAAACCUGAAGGAAUCGUCUGUUCCUCCUCAAGUGUCUGCAGUUUCCUCAGAUUUGUCCAACGUGAGCCUGAAUAAAGGCGCCUCUGAACAGGAGGAGGCGGAGAGCGGGGACCUGGCGGAGGCGGAGCUUGAUAACAGCCCUCUGGAGGUGCUGUCGGAGGCGUGCGUCGCCGGUCUGGGAGCCGCCGUCCUGAACAGUGCUGCCACCUUCUGCUUUGGAGGUCAAGAGGCGGAGAACAAGGUGAAGAUGGAGCUUCUGCAGACUGACCGGACCGAGGCCUCUGACGUGAACAGUCACACCACAGCAGCUCAGAAAUUGACAGCAGGCGCUUCUGGGAGCCUGAUGUUUGUGCGGCUGCGGGUUCAGCCGUCGGCAGGAGAGAAAAGAAGUGUGGGAGGUCUUCACCUGGGGCUGCUGAAAACAGCGCCGCAGAGGGAAGCAUGGCUGGCCCUUUCACAAGAAAGCUCCGACAAGUUGUACGCCUACCUCACGCACUGUCGGCCGGACUUGUGUAUAAUUGAGGGAGCGGACGAGGAGGAGGGGGACCACGACGAAGAGGAGUUCAUACUGAUCGACGAUGAAAAGGAGGAGAACGAGGACGACGUGUUCCAGAGGCGCCGGAGCGCAGGAGACGACUGGGAGAUGGUGUUAAUGGAUGAGGGCCGGGAGAAGCCGCCGGUCCCCGACAGGGAUCCUGACGGACUCAAUAAGGUCGUAGAGAACAGCCACAUUUUAGAGGCCUCGCAUGUUAAAGAGUUGCACAGAGAGCUGCCCCCCAGGACGGUGGGCCACACCUGGCAGCUGGCCUACAGCACGUCUCGCCACGGCGCCAGCCUCAAGUCCCUCUACCGGAAAAUGGCCACUACGGAGUCUCCGGUUCUCAUUGUCAUCAAAGACGCACUUGAUGAGAUAUUCGGGGCCUUCCUCUCUCAUCCUCUGAGGCCCAGUGAGACUUUCUAUGGCACUGGAGAAACUUUCCUCUUCAUGUUGCACCCUCGCUUUAAGUGCUUCAGAUGGACUGGAGACAACUCCUUUUUCAUUAAAGGAGACUUGGACUCCUUUGCUAUUGGUGGAGGCAGCGGCCACUUUGGCCUGUGGCUGGAUGAGAAUCUGUACCUGGGUCGCAGCAGCCCCUGCUUGACCUUCAACAACUGCUGCCUCUCGGAAACCGAUGACUUCCGAGUGAUGGACCUGGAGGUGUGGACGUUCUGCUAAGGAGACGGGCUGAUGUUGACUCUCAGCUCGUCACCACUGAUCAGCUUUGUGAAGCUGCCUGCUCAUUUCAUGGUAGCGCCCAUGAAACUACAAACUGAUGAAUUCACCCAUGGUUGACUUUGAACAGCCUGCUUUAACCAGGGACCUGACUCAUUCCUGUGGAUUUGGAUAGAGACCGGACUUCUGCUGUAGUGAGUAGAGCUGAACGGUUAUGAACCUGGAUUCUGAGUCCUCACUUUUGGACUAACACAUCUCAGAGACUGCACUUUGCUCAUAAUGUGAAUCAGUAACUUCACUGUAUGUGGUAAUUUAUUCUGUGAAAUGACACAACCUGCCGUCAGAGGCACUGCUCAUCCUCACUGUCACGUCAGCGUUCAGCUAAUGCUGAUCUUGAAUCAGUCUUCAUAUAGAUUUACUAAUCGCAUGUGGUUUUAAUCUGCUACAGUAGCUAAGGUUCAGCAUCUAAACACACUAAGAACAAUACCUUGAGAGGAACAUCUGAACAUCAUCAGCGGUGUCUGAACCUCAUGACUUCAGAUCAGUAACUCAAUAGCCUCCUCUACCGUGCUGACACUGUACCGUGUUGUAGAUUAGCUAAUAAAAAUCUGCACAAUGUGGAAAUCACAUUUCAAACAAAAUGUA